AUGUUUUCUCAACAAGUUUGUCGUAACGCACGUCUUGCAGCGCAGGUAACCAAUCGAUUUGCUCGUCCCUCUCAGUCCCGCGGUUAUGCGACAGGAGCAGCAGCGGCAGCGGCAGGUGGUGCAGCCAAGAGGGCAGUUGGUAUGCUGCUCGCUGGUGUAGGCGCAAGCACAGCGGGUGGUUUUGGAACAUGGUACACGAUGCAUUCGAACGGACUGGGCUUCCACUCGGACGAGGAGAGUCUGCGACGAUUUGUCGCCAACCACGAGGAAGCCAAGAUGGUCGAGGAGACGAUCAACAACCAUCCGCUCGUUGCAGAGCUUCGCGCAAACCCCGAACUCACCGAAUCGCGACCACAUAUGAAGAUGCCGGGAUCGUACCGAAGCCGAAGCUUGACUGGCGGGGCGCUUAUCGGUGAGGGAAAGAUGCCUGUACCACCGUAUGCGUGGACAGCCCCUGGGGGCAAACAGCUUGUGUCUGUGGCAUACGUUGGAGAGGACCUGUGUGGUCACCCUGGCAUUGUGCACGGCGGAUUCCUGGCCACAAUGUUGGAUGAGGGCCUUGGACGGUGCUCUUUCGGUGCGCUGCCUCACAAUAUCGCUGUGACCGCAAACCUCAACGUCAACUACCGCAAACCCACGCCAGCGGGGAGCUUCCUGGUUCUGCGAGCAGAGACAUACAAGGUUCAAGGCCGCAAGGCCUGGGUUAGAGGUCAUAUUGAACUGUUGGGCGAGCCUGGCGAGAAGCCAACAAUAGUGGCCGAUGCGGAAGCACUUUUCAUUUCGCCCAAGUAUGCUGCUAUGAUGCCCAAGAUUGGUUAA